CGGGCCGAUUUCCGGCUGCGGCGUGCGGGUGGCCGUGCGGGCUUUGUCAGCAGGCCAGCGGGGCGGGUGGCCAGCGGUCCGCGUGCGGGGCCCGCGCCGUCCUCUCGCCGCUGGGCGCCGGACUGACUGGUGACUAGAAGGUGACUCCGGAGCCUGAAUUUCUGAGCAUGGAAAUCUGCAGAAGACAGUGUCCGAAGCCCUCACAGUGAUGGAGCUCGCUGCCCCUGCGCCUGGCGGGGGCCCUGAACCCAGAUUAGGGGAGCUGUUGGGAAACCUGGACGGGCAGAGCCUGCGGAGUUGCCCCUCCCAGGAGGGAGGUUUCAAGCAGGUGACAGUUACCCACUGGAAGAUCCAAACAGGAGAGUCAGCGCAGGUGGCCAGUAAGUCAGGAGGAAGCCCCGUCCUGAGCUCAAACCUCCUCCUGCUUCAGAGAGAGCUGAUCGAAGGGGAGGCCCACCAGCGCGAGGCUUGCGGAAGCUUCGCAUUCAACUCGGACCUGGUCAGACAUCAGGUUUCUCAGGCUGGGGAGAAAUCUCACAGACGUGAUGAGUGUGGGAGGGGCUUUGGCCAGAGCUCCCACCUCGUGGAGCAUCCACGCGCUCACAGCGGAGACAGACUCUACGUGUGUAACGCGUGUGGCAAAGACUUCCUUCUCUACGCGGACCUUGUGGAGCAUCAGAAAGUGCACGCGGGAGAAAGGCCCUUCAAGUGCGCUCAGUGUGGGAAGGCGUUCUGUCACAGCUCAGACCUGAUCCGCCACCAGCGCGUCCACACCCGGGAGCGACCUUUCGAGUGCAAGGAAUGCGGGAAAGGCUUCAGUCAGAGCUCGCUGCUCAUCCGGCACCAGAGGAUCCACACGGGGGAGAGGCCCUACGAGUGCAACGAGUGCGGCAAGGCCUUCAUCCGGAGCUCCAGCCUCAUCCGGCAUUACCAGGUCCACACGGAGGUAAGGCAGUACGAGUGUGAGGAGUGCGGCAAGGCCUUCCGCCACCGCUCGGACCUCAUCGAGCACCAGAGGAUCCACACCGGGGAGAGGCCCUACGAGUGCAGCGAGUGCGGCAAGGCCUUCAUCCGGAGCUCGAAGCUCAUCCAGCACCAGAGGAUCCACACCGGGGAGAGGCCCUACGUGUGCAACGAGUGCGGGAAGCGUUUCAGCCAGACGUCGAACUUCACUCAGCACCAGAGGAUCCACACUGGAGAGAAACUCUAUGAAUGUAACGAGUGCGGGAAAGCGUUCUUUCUGAGUUCAUACCUUAUUCGACACCAGAAGAUCCACACUGGAGAGAGGGUGUAUGAGUGUAAGGAAUGUGGGAAAGCUUUUCUCCAGAAAGCCCAUCUCACUGAGCAUCAGAAGAUCCACACUGGGGACAGGCCCUUUGCGUGUAAGGACUGUGGGAAAGCCUUCAUUCAGAGCUCCAAGCUCCUCCUGCACCAGGUCAUUCACACUGGAGAGAAGCCCUAUGUAUGUAGUUACUGUGGGAAAGGCUUUAUUCAGAGGUCAAACUUCCUUCAGCACCAGAAAAUUCAUGCUGAAGACAAACUCUACGAAUGUAGUCAGUAUGGAACAGAGUUCACCUCACCUGCAGACUUCAAAGGCAGUCAAGAGAUUCACCAAGAGGGGCUUCCCUUGAGUCAGACCCCCAUACAUUUGGGUGAGAAGUAUGUAGGUCAGGGGGAACACACAGACUUGUAACUAUUCUCCAACUCACUGAGUGAUACUCGAAGUGACUGGUAUGAGCCCUAAGUCAUGCGGCUUUGGAUGUGCCACCAUUUCCCAGAGUCACCGGCAGGGCUGCCUCUGGAGUGGGCUGCCACCUCCCACUUGGCUGCCCAGCCGGCCCGCUGUCUUCCUCCUCCACUGGGAGCACGUGCCCGCAGGAGAGCCACGUGACUGGACAGCUGACUUGGAGCUGGACCAGCUUGGGGGGAGGAGCUCGGCCUCGGGAGAAGGUUCUUCUGUCUCACUGUACAAUUACAAUUCACCCCAGAGUUAAAUCCCUUCUAAAGUAGAAUUACGUAUCUAAUCGUAUCACUUUAAAAGAGUAUUCCUUAGAAUAUUUUGAUCUAUCAGAAAGGCAAGUUGGAGAAACAUCCUUUCUUAUCUAAAACCACAAGUUGGUUCCCUGUCGUCCUUAGGAUAAGUUCCAAUCUCCCCAUCCUGCAUCCAAAGGCCUUUUGCUUCCUGGGGCCUCUUCUCCCGCCGGGUAACUCCCUGCCGCACUGUUGGCACUGCGGCAGCACUAACCGCUGGACGUCCCCACUUGCCCAGGCCGCUCCUGCCUCCUUGCCUCUGUCCUGGUUGGAAUGCCCCCUCUCCUCACCCGGCUGACUCUCGGCUCAGCCCGCUACCCCUCUGCUUCCGUUCCUCGGUGGUCCUUCACCUCUGUUACUGCGCUUACUCUGACAUGCCAAAAUCGUGUUUCAGAUCCUCUCUCUUUCCUUGUUACAGUGUUAAUUCGUGGAGCACAGUGAGCAUAUCUGAUUGAUUUAUGUGUCCCUGGCGUCUAGAGCAAGGCAGUAAAAAGCACACCCCAGUCCUUGUGUACUUGGUUUGUCCUCUCUAUACUGCUGUUUAUUUUUUAUUUAUUUUUUUUUUCUUUUUGCGGUAUGCGGGCCUCUCACUGUUGUGGCCUCUCCCGUUGCGGAGCACAGGCUCCGGACGCGCAGGCCCAGCGGCCAUGGCUCACGGGUCCAGCCGCUCCGCGGCAUAUGGGAUCCUCCCAGACCGGGGCACGAACCCGUAUCCCCUGCAUCGGCAGGCGGACUCUCAACCACUGCGCCACCAGGGAGGCCCUAUACUGCUGUUUAAAAUAUGUUUUUGGAUGCUCUUUUUAUUGCUGUUUUGUGUAAUCUGCUGGUCUGUCGGAAAUACCUCCUCUCGGCCCUGCUGGUGUCUUCGGCUCAUACUGCGUUCAGCACUUGCAGGCAGUAGCCAGAGUAAGAUGGCGCCCCUUGUGUUUUUGCCUUCACAGCUUGUCCAUGACUGUCCACUUGCUCUGGGGGAGGCUUGUCCUCAGUCAGUCGUCUGUGUAUCUUUCUAAUUCAUUCAAAGGGCACACAGUCCUGGUGCGCUACAUGACUUUUCCUGUCUCGGCCAUUCCAUGAUUGAGCCCAACUUCUUCCCCUUUCCCUGCUCUCUGGCUCAUUUUGUCAUUGACUUGAAAAUGUAAUUAUCUAAAAGGACCAAUGCUAAAUACUGGGAAACCGAGAUGAAUGAGACGCCAUCUGUCCUGAAGUCGUCCAGAGUCUGAUAGGGGAGGCAGGAAGGUCACGGUACGCUGAGUUAAACUUUUGAAAGAGAAGUGUGUUCCCAGUUGGGCAGGAGCAUAGGUAAGGCGUGACUAAUUUGGCAUGGGGCAACUGGGACGGCUUCAUAGAGGAGGUGACAGCAAACUGGUCUACAGAGAGAAGUAGACAUUUGUCAGCUAGAGCAGAGGAUGAUCUGGGAGGGAAUCUGGAGAAGCGGGAGGACUGGUGGACCCCUCUCUGGGUAGGGCUGUUCAAAAGCAGGCCAGUUUUAUUGCACAGUAGAACUGUUAGUCGUUCCCUCUGAAUUUCUUUUAUCUGAACAUUAACAAAACAACCAGUUUUGAAAUGCUGUGAUAAUGGAUUGCCCAGGAGGGCAUAUCUUGAGUUCUUAAACUCCAGCAACCCUAGAAGCCUUGAGGGGGUAAAUAAUUCAAAAAGAGCAUAUACAGUACUCCAUCUUUUGGAAAACUCACCAUUACUGGAGAUGUUUCAAAUGGUAUAUAGAAGCAUAUAUUACCAGACCAUUUUAACCAACUUUGGUUGAGGUCCAGUUGCCCUACAGUAAAACACCUAUUUUAAGUGUACAGAAUUUUGACAAAUCCAUACGCCUGUGUAACCAUCAUCAUGAUCAAGAAUAACAUUUCUGUCACCCCAAAAUGUUCCCUUUUGUCCUUUCCCAGUUAAUGCCACCUCAGGCCCAAGUAACCACUUUCUGUUAGUGUGGAUUCAUUAUGCCUGUUCCAGGACUUCAUAUAAAUGGAUUCAUAUGGCAUGUAAUCCUGUGUAAUCCAAACUUCUCUCACUUUGGCAUGUUUUAAAGACUCAGCUGAGUAGUUCUGUGUUUCCAUAGCUCUUUUUCUUUGUGAGUAGUGUUCCACUGUAUGGGUAAGCAUCAUUUCUUAUUCAUUCAUCUGUUGAUGGAAAUUUGGGUUUCCAGCUUUGGCUGUUAUGAAUAAAACUGCU